GGCCGUGCCCAGCGGCUCGGCGGCGAUAGGGGAGCGGGGUCCUGACGAAAGCGGAACUCGGCCGGGCUCAUACAAAUCAGAAAAGAGCCCGGCCGCCGCGGCAGAGGGGAGCGGAGCCCGCGGGGGCCAGGGACGCCGCCGCGCUGCACGGACCAGAGGCGCCGCGAGAGGCGCCUCCUGAUCUCCAGGACCCGGCUUCGGCUUCCAUACCAACUUCGGUCCCGGCGAGCGCCGGGCGAGACGGCCGCCAGCACCGGGCUCCGCGCAGCGGACAGCGCUCCGUACCGCGCCCGGGGCGGCGGACGCGGAACACCAUGAUGAGCAGCUACCCGGACGGCGAGGAGGACACGGUGGCGCUGCUGGCUCAUGACACCAGCGACAGCAAGGAAUCGGAGCGGGGCAAGGAAGAGUUGAGCUCAGACAAGGGGCCUGAGAAGCCGGACCCCUCUCAGAAACCCCCCUAUUCGUACGUGGCCCUGAUUGCCAUGGCCAUCCGGGAGAGCGCGGAGAAGAGGCUCACGCUGUCCGGGAUCUACCAGUACAUCAUCAGCAAGUUUCCUUUCUACGAAAAGAACAAGAAGGGCUGGCAGAACAGCAUCCGCCACAACCUCAGCCUCAAUGAGUGCUUCAUCAAGGUGCCCCGGGAGGGCGGAGGCGAGCGCAAGGGCAACUACUGGACACUAGAUCCCGCCUGCGAGGAUAUGUUCGAGAAGGGCAACUACCGCAGGAGACGAAGGAUGAAGCGGCCUUUCCGGCCGCCCCCAACCCACUUCCAGCACGGCAAGACCCUCUUCAGCCCUGACAGCUACGGCUACCUCUCCCCGCCAAAGUACUUGCAGUCCACCUUCAUGAACAACUCUUGGCCUCUGGCGCAGCCCCCCGCGCCUAUGCCCUACGCCUCCUGCCAGAUGUCUGGCGGGAACGUCAGCCCCGUGAAUGUGAAAGGACUUUCGGGCCCGGCGUCCUACAGCCCUUACUCUCGAGUACAGAGCAUGGCACUGCCUAGCAUGGUGAACUCCUACAACGGCAUGGGCCACCACCACCAUCCGCACGCUCACCACCCGCAGCAGCUCAGCCCGGCCAGCUCCGCGCCGCCCACAGCCCCAUCCGCGAACGGAGCGGGCCUCCAGUUCGCCUGUGCCCGCCAGCCCGCCGAGCUGUCUAUGAUGCACUGUUCCUACUGGGAGCACGACAGCAAACACAGCGCCCUGCACUCCCGCAUAGACAUCUAGAGAGGCUCCGGCCGGCCACCACUGCAGAAAUACUCUUGUCUCAGCCCCGCUUCCCCUCUCCGAUCCCGCCGCCUUCUCCUGCUCUCUCAUGUCUCUCCUCCUCCUGUUUGCGCACAGACUGUGGCGGUGGGAAAACGGCAUCCCUGCUCUGCGUGUAAAGUAGGUGUAGGAGCCGUCCUACACUGAAGAGAAGGCAGUGUAAGUGUGGGAGCUUCUCCAGCGGGGCUGCGCCGGGUGCAGUGGGGCCGGGCCGACCGCCUCUCGGCGAGCUCGGAUCUACCGUUCGUGUGUGUGUGUUUGUUUGUGAGGGGUUUGCAGGCAAGAGCACGCAAUUUGAAAUAUGCUGGUUAGCCCGCAAAAUUCUGCUUCUUUAUAAUUCGGCCGUAAUCUUUUCGGGCUUUGCCCUGAGGAGAGUAUUAAGGAGCCUGUAAAUAGCAGAGACGUUUCCACGCGUAGCGGUGCGCAGCUAGCGGGGCCUAAAGACCGCCGUUUGCCCGCGGUGCCCGUCCUCCUCCUCCUCCUUUUCGUCUUCUCUGUCUUCUGCCUCGGUCUGCAGAGCACCGCGCUUCUUCCAAGAUGUGGUUUCUCAUCAAAAUAAUACUUACAUGGGGACUGCUGUGACAGCAGGAGAUAUGUGAUAUUGCUGGUUAUUAGAAACCAACAAACAAAACCUGUCAGGGUCAUUCGUGAAACGUUUCGACAGUGGUAAAUAUAUUUUUUAAAGGAGACAAUGUCCUCUGAGAUCUUAAAAAGUAAAUUUAUACAGAUCUAAAAAAAAAAAAAAGUUGAUGUUAUAAAAAAAAAAAGUUUCUUGUAAAUUGAAAUAUUUUUCUGUGUGUCUAUUAUUAAUAAUGAAAGUUUAAACUAUCUUCGUUUUUUUUUACCCCAAAUCUGGUCCAAAAUGGAUUUUCCGGUAGGUUCUGCUUUUGAGUGCUCGCCCUUUUUCUUCAAAUUGUGUGAUCCUUCAGUUUUACAUAGAUUAAUGUGGAGGGAAAAAAUUAUACUGAAGGGGCCAGUUGAUAGCGAUUUUAUAAGUGUUUAUAUAAGCUGAUAGAUACUGUGGCAUAGUACCGUUUUGGGACCAACUUUUCUAGAAUGAACUAGCACUUUUAUUGUACUUUCUAGCAGUGUAACACCUCCAAUAAAACGCCUUUCCUUCUUUUCA